GCACACCUCCUAAAACUUUGCCAACCCUAAUUCCCCCACACAGUGACACAGACACAAACACACAUGUAAAAAAGACAAACCAAACCCAGAAGAAUUUCCCAAAACACAAACUAUAAUAUGUUAUUACAACAACAAUAAUGGUGUUGUUCAGGUCUCUCAAAACCCUUAUCAAAAACCCACAAAGAUCAAGGUCUUUCCUCACUUCUCUCACUGCCACAGCCACAAGCCACCCCACAAUCACACUCCAAUACUUCCCUCUCUCUCACCCUCUCUUUCGUUUGCCUUCAACCCCAUUUUCCAAAUGGGUCACAACCCCAUUUCGUGGUCCGCUUUUUCUCUCUUUUCCUCCGUGGAAACUCUCUCAAUCCGCCACUCCUCUUUACCUCCGUGGAAACGCCGUUGUUUUCCGCCGUAAGGUGCAGGCUUUUAAUCUUCACCUGCUCAGAACUACCACUGCUUUUCCCACUAAGUUUAGCCAGGCUUUGUUGGACUAUAGGGUCGAGAAGAGAGAGUCAGUUGAUGAUGGGUUUUUGGAGAGCUUUGCCAAUGUGCCCAAUUUGAUCUCUAUGGGCCGAUUGAUUUCUGGUCCUGUGCUUGGUUGGAUGAUCACAAAUGAGUGGUAUUCAUCGGCACUGGUUGGAUUGGCUAUCUCUGGGGCAUCUGACUGGCUAGAUGGAUACAUGGCUAGGAAGAUGAGAAUUAAUUCUGUAGUGGGUUCCUACCUUGAUCCCCUUGCUGACAAGGUUCUUAUUGGAUCUGUUGCUUUGGCAAUGGUACAUAUGGAUCUUCUGCACUCUGGACUUGUUGGACUCGUCGUGUUGCGAGAUGUCUUCCUUGUCGGUGGUGCAGUAUAUCAAAGAGCUAGUGGCUUGGGUUGGGAGUGGAAAAGCUGGUUUGAUUUCAUCAAUCUUGACGGUACCCAUCCCCUAAAAGUUGAGCCUCUUUUCAUUAGCAAGGUUAAUACAGUUUUCCAGUUGGUUUUAGUAGCUGCAGCUCUUCUUCAACCAGAAUUUGGAACCCAGGAAACUCAGCCAUACAUCACAUAUUUGAGUUGGUUAGUGGCAUCAACAACAGUGGGUUCUAGUGCAGCAUAUGGAGCACGAUACUUGAGGAAGAGAUCUGCCUUGAUUAGUGGAAAAUCUUAGUUUCAAUCUUUUCCUUGCAGACAACUGAGAUAACACCAUCAGUUUUGAGAUAUGUACUGGGUCUCAGCAUCAAAGGAUUUGAAGAAGUAAUGGUGGUACCAAGGUUGUGUAUCUGUAUACCGAUCCACAAGUUAAAACUUUUCAAGGUCAUCCUUUACAAGUUCCAGAUAUCAUAGAUGAGUUUUGGCCUGUUGGAAUUACACACAAAUACGCAGAAAAUUGCAAAACUUGGUUAACUGUGAAGAGUGAUAGCAGUUCUUUUUUCUUUUUCCUUGUUUCCUUAUUUUUGGGAGAGUGGUGGUUAAGAGCGAAAUUGUUAUUGUUAAUGAGUUUGUAAUUUUUAAACUUUGACAGUGCCAAAUUUUGAAAAGAAUGAUAAUAAAAGAUGUAGAAUUUGUUCUGUUGUAUAACUUCUUGCCCAUAUAAUUGAUUUCUCAUAUUGUUACCUGA